AUGACAAUUGAUGUCCAUUCAUACACUGUAGACAAGCUUGCAUCUUGGUUAUACAAUAAACCACUCGGCGCUUCCUUUAUUGACGUUCGUGAAGCAAGUGAAUUGGAGGAGCAAGGAACUAUCAAAGGCUAUGAUGCCAAUAUACCCUACUUCUUGACAAACACCAACCCUGAACUCUUUGAAAAAAAGUUUUCGAUCAUUGAUAAAGAUGAACAGCUUGUUAUAUCCUGUAGAUCAGGAAGAAGAAGCUUGCUUGCAGCUCAGUAUGCUGUUUCUAAACUCGGUUUCAAGAAUGUGUAUAAUGUAGAGGGUGGCAUCUUGCAGUGGAUUCAGAAAGGUUAUCCAGUGGAAAAACUCGAGUGA